UUAUCUGUUCUUCGUUUCCUCUGAUGCCCACGUGUGCGCAUGCAUCCAGAUGAACGUGAUUACAAACAUGUUCGUCUCGUGCCUGCUGCAGACUCAUUUAUCAGAUGUGAACGCUGAUAAAUAAACUCGAUUUCCCGCAAAAUCGCAGAAAGCGAGAGCGGGUUGUAUGUCAUCUCCGGAGAGCGACAGCCAAUCAUGGCGCUGCUUUCUGUCAGCGCGUCUGCCAUUGGCUGACAACUGACUACUGCUCUGUUGUUCAGUACAAAAUUGAAGGGAACCACACCGACAAUAAAUGAUAGCCAGAUUCGUGACAAUUUGCUCAAAAAUAUCCCAAACCGUCUCUGACAACAAUCGAUAGCCGCGGUUUGUUUUCGAGGAAACCAUGCUAGCUCUGCAAGUUAGCUAGCUAACUCUCGAGCGUCUCACCGCCUCUUCAUCUUCAUGGGUUUCUGCUGUUGAGUCUGCCAGGCUUGUGCUGAAGGCAGCGAGGCUAACUAAUUAAUGCCAUCAGCCAGGAGCUCAGGUCAUAUUAUGAGUGGGGCGAGCUGCAAAGCCAACGGCGCCGUGUAUCCCGCUUCAUCGGCGAUGAUGAACUCUGUGAAGAAGCCCAAGAUGGAGCAAAUUCAGGCCGACCGUGAGCUCUUCCUACAGGCCUUUGAAAAACCCACACAGAUAUACAGAUUUCUCCGCACAAGGAACUUGAUUGCACCUAUAUUUUUGCACAGGACGCUCACCUUCAUGUCUCACAGAAACAGUCGAUCAAAUGCCAGAAGGAAAACAUUCAAAGUUGAUGAUAUGUUGCAGACUGUGGAGAAGAUGAAGGGAGAGCAGGAUUCCCCAAGCUUGUCUUCACAUUUACAGUUAACCUUCACUGGGUUCUUCCAUAAGGAUGAAAAGCCAUCUCAGGUUUCAGAAAAUGAACAAAAUUCUGUGUCCUUGGAGGUGCUACUUGUCAAAGUCUGCCAUAAAAAACGCAAGGAUGUCAGCUGCCCGAUAAAGCAAGUGCCUACAGGUAAAAAGCAGGUGCCUUUGAAUCCUGACAGUAACCAAACCAAGUCUGGCUCCUACCCAUCUUUAUUGGUCUCCAGCAAUGAGUUUGAGCCCAGCAACAGCCACAUGGUGAAGUCCUAUUCGCUCCUGUUCAGGAUAUCACGUGCAGGGAGGAGGGAUACGAAUGGCCUGGUGAAUGGGGAAGCCAAUGAAAACAUUGAUGUAACAGAUACUCCUAGUAGAAAGAAGAGAACUUCAUCCCAUAGAGAGGAGGGAGAGACCAUAGAGACAUAUGUUGCACAGAUGACUGUCUUUGAUAAGAAUAGAAGAUUGCAGCUGCUGGAUGGGGAGUAUGAGGUCUCAAUGCAAGGGAUGGAGGACAGUCCUGUGAGCAAGAAGCAGGCCACGUGGGAAACCAUCCUUGACGGAAAGAGACUGCCACCAUUUGAGACAUUUUCUCAGGGACCCACAUUGCAGUUCACACUGCGUUGGACAGGUGAUGCCAGCGGAAAGUCCACUGCCCCCGUUGCAAAACCCCUUGCUACCCGCAACUCUGACAGCUCCAGUCCCAUGGAGACUAGGACCAGCAACCACAGAGCUACCCUCAUGUCAGUGAAAGAGUCAGUGAGCACAGACAUUCAGACGAGGAAAGAGCAGGUCCCAUGUGAGCCGCGGCAGAAGCUACGUAUAUUUUAUCAGUUCCUGUACAACAAUAACACACGGCAGCAAACGGAGGCAAGAGAUGAUCUUCACUGUCCCUGGUGCACACUCAACUGCAGCAAACUCUACAGCCUCCUCAAACACCUCAAACUCUCCCACUCCCGCUUCAUCUUCAGCUAUGUGCCUGACCCCAAAGGAGCAAGGAUAGACGUGUCUAUCAACGAAUGCUAUGACGGCUCGUAUGUUGGAAACCCUCAGGACAUCCACAGCCAACCAGGCUUCGCUUUCAGCCGCAACGGCCCGGUCAAGAGGACGGCUGUCACUCACAUACUGGUUUGCAGGCCUAAGAGGACCAAGCCAAGUCUGUCUGAGUUUUUGGAGUCUGAAGAUGGAGAGUUGGAACAGCAGAGGACCUAUGUCAGUGGACACAACCGCCUCUACUUUCACAGUGACAGCUGUAUGCCGCUGCGGCCCCAAGAGAUGGACGUGGACAGUGAGGAUGAGAGAGAUCCAGAUUGGCUUAGAGAGAAGACUGCGACGCAACUAGAUGAGUUCACGGACGUCAAUGAGGGCGAGAAGGAGGUGAUGAAGCUGUGGAAUCUUCAUGUGAUGAAGAAUGGUUUUAUAGCAGACAACCAGAUGAAUCAGGCCAUCAUGCUUUUCGUGGAGAACAGUGGUGCUUACAUCGCCCGCCGCAACCUCUGCCGCAACUUCCUCCUCCACCUAGUCAGCAUGCACGACUUCAACUUGGUGAACACGUCUACCAUCGACCGCGCCAUGGCCCGCCUGCGGCAGAUCCGAGAAGAGCUGCCGGACACUGAGGAGGAGCAGCUGGACCUGAGUUUGGUAUCAGCAGGAGCCUGCAACGGGAACGCCAUCACCUCCAGCGCAGUAAAGCUGGGCAAGAGGACAAAAAGCGCGCUAACGGACUGAUGCAGGCUGGACGGAUGGAUGAAACAAUGAUUGUCAUGUUUUUGUUUAAUUUUUGUUUUGUUUAUUUCUUCUACAAUGAACAUUACCAACCCUCUGGUGCUUAGUUAGGUGGGAGAACUGGUCGACAUCACAGUAACUAGUACAAAAAGCCUGUAAAGCUUGUGUUAGGGCCCCCAGAUUGACUGUGGGUUUUGCCGGUAGGUUGCUACGACAGUAGUGUUAUACUGUAAGCUUGGAUCCUGGACAACAGAUGAAAUUCAGAUUUUGGGUCCAGGUUAAAUUCCUACUUUAUAACCCCUAAGCCUUUUAGCCUCCAUUGAUAAAAGCUGAAGUGAAGCCAGGGAAAUUUACAUUUUCUGACAUUUCUUUUCUUCUUUCCUAUGACUUACUGAAACAACCAGCAGCACAUCACCACAUGUGGUGUAGAGUGCACAGCACUGAAGAUAAAAAAGUUAACAGUUUUCUGAUGAAACUGGUGACAAUACAAAGAACACAUGUUGAGAGAGUCCGCAUUUGUGUAAACGCAUCAAAUGUUUAGAAUCCAAUAAUGAACAGAUUGCUGUUCAUCUCUCAAAGCAAUAUGCUGUUUAUUGGAUGGUUGGUUUUUCAGGUCCAAAUCAGUUGUCUGUUAGAUGCAUUUGAUGCCAAAGGGGGAUAUUUUCACCAGUUGUAGUUCUGUGUAUUUUUUUUUUUUUUAGUAUCUUUUCCUUUUGUUCAUUCCAUAAUCAGUUUUUUUUUUUUUUUUUUUUAAAGCAGUGGUUUUGUUUUGUAGUGUGCACAUACAUAGAUGAUCAUCACCACACAUUAUUUCAUCAAGACUUCCCUUGUGGACAACCAAAUUACCACAAACAUUUAUUUUUUGCUCUCUGCUAUUCAUAGACGGUUUCUGUGUUUAUCUGGAAAAGGGAGACCUAAUCGCCAUUAUUGUCAAGACACCCUGUUUAAAACUUGUGAACUGUACACUCUCUGGCUAAGGGGAUUUUUAUAUUUAAAGAAAUAAAAUACAAUUGACCUUA